AUGCUAAAUAUCGUUACUCUCUCUUUACAGCCCCCCGAAAAUGAGCUUCAAAAAUCCCACGAUCACAAUCCGGCCGCCUUAAGUGAACAUCAAUUGCGCAUACAAGCCUCAUUACAACGUCUCAACAUACCCGACUGGUUCCGACAAUAUAAUCAAAAUCAAAAGUCACCCGAUGGUGCUGGCACUGGUGCUGGUUCCGCCUAUAAACCCGGUAACUUUACCCGUAAACGAACACAAGAUUCUGGACGAUGGGUAGGUCUAAACUCUAAAACCACAUCGUUAAGCUCUUUGGGAUCACAGAGAUCCGAUCGUAGUCCUCUACUAUUAAGUCCAUCGGCACAUAGUCAUCAUGGUGGUCAGAGUACACAACAUGCGGGUCAACAUGUUCAUGCAGCCGGUACCACAGGUACUGGGGCAAGUGGUGGUGCCUUCUCCAGAUGGUCCACCUCACAUUUGAAUUCAUCACAAACAUCACCCAGUGUUUCACAAAGAGGAUCAUUUUCCCGCGGCGGACCCAUUAAUUCUAGUUUUAUGUCUGUGAAUAGUGGUCACAGUGUGAUACGAAACUCUAUGCGUCAACCCUAUUUGGGUUGGCGUAGUCAGGAGAAACUAUCACAAAGAACCGCGCAUGAGAGAUUGGCCUCUUCCCUAUUGUCUCAACAGCAACGCACAUCACCCACAAGCCAAACGGUUCCGGCUAAUAAUGAUAAAUUACAACCUGUUACACCCGAGAUACAAUCCUCCAUUAAAGAGGUCACCUCGGCUAUUGUACAUUAUGUUAACGAUCAAACAAAUCAACAGCGCAGUAGAUCAACGAGUCCAAAUUCGAGAAAAUGUUGGCUUGAAUCAUCAUUUGUGGGCACACGUCCCUUGGACUCACCGCAAACACCUAUAAUUGAAAAUACACCCCUAAUAACUGCUGCCCAGGCUGCUGCGUCAACAUUAACCUCCUCGUUCAGACCCUCCUUGUUGAACAACAAUAAUAAUAAUAUCAAUAAUAACAAUAAUAAUUUACAAUACGCCAAUCAUAAUAUUGAUUUGUCAACAUUAACAACAUCAACGGGAAAUGAUCUACAAUUAACCCGUAUGAACGGUGGUCUUAAUAACGGUACUAGUAGUAGUAGUGCCGCCGGUGGCGUUAAUUUAGGAGUUGAACGUUCCCUGAGUAACGCAUCGCUAGAAGAUGUUUUAGCCUCCCUUUUAGGAUUGCCAACACAUCAAACUGGAGCCAACGCCAGUGAUGCUUAUGCUAGGUCCAGCACAGGAGGCGUUUUAGUUAGUGAGUCACAAACGCCCAACAAACAACAAACACAACAACAUCAUAUGCCCCAAAAACCACAACCUUUACAACAGCUACAACUCCAACAACAGCAGCAGCAGCAGCAGCAACAACAAAAAGAAAAUUUACUAACAAUAUCCAAAGAAGAACAACAACGUUUGCGACGACGCAGUGAAGGAGAUGCGGCAACUAAGCAGAAACAACAGCAGCAGCAACAAGAGCAACAACAGCAGCAAUUCGAACAAAAAUCCCAACACUAUGCUACAAAUGCCAAAACGUAUGCCAGUGACACAAUCACCACCGUCACCAACACCAAUACGACGGCAAAUGGCCAUGCAAUUGGAGCGACCGCGUUCCUGCCUCCCCGGCGUGUAUCGCUCGGUGACUCCUCAGAAUCGAAUAAUCGAACAGCCAGCGCCUCUGGUGAGCUGCAGAUCAAGUGCCGCAAUAACAAGUGCGAUCGCACUGCCACGCCCGCCGACGCCAAAAAGUAUUACAAGUCAUGCCACAAUUGUACCUAUUUAUAUUGUUCGCGUGAAUGUCGCCGAGCCCAUUGGGAGAAACAUCGUAAAGCGUGUCUGCACUCCCGUGUCUCAAAUCUGUGCCGCCAAGUGUUAGCCUCCUGCAAGGAUGAUAGCGAUUCUUUGCGUCACUUGAGCUUGUUGGCACGCAAAGGAUUCUUGUCGCAGGGUCGUGGAGUGGUUAGGAUUCUAUUUCGUUCUCCGGAAUCGGCUGAGGGUUUCAUCAAGAAUGGCUUCCAGUGUAUGGGCGAGGCAUCGUAUGUUCGUUGGCCGGAUUUGAUGCCGGCUGAAAUGGGUCUUGAGCUCUAUUCGGAAUUGUUGAAACUUAGCACUGAAUAUCGGCCUGAUUCUAAAAUGUUGGUGUAUGUGGCGGUGUGUGUGGUAUCGGAAGCUCCCGGCAUGGGCCAGGCUCCAGUGCGCUGGGAACGCCAACUUGUUUCACGUUGUGCCAAAUUGAAACUUUGCAAAACUGUCUUAGCUGAGCUGGAACAACAGCAACAACCUUUACCCUUACCCGUUACCGUGGUGGCAGUGCCCGAACCCACCACCGAAGUUCUCAUACUCACUUUCAAUCCUCAGCUGCGCAAUUCCACUGCUCAGCGUGAAUUAGUGCUCUCCAACAUACUCGAUAUUCUCUCCCGUCGUGGUGUCAUUUUACGCAAACAUUACCCGGAAAUCUUUCAACGUCUGCAAACCUAUACCGAAGGUCAGACGGAUAAAUUCAAUCCUGUCACUUUACAUCCUCGUGAUUCUCAUACUGGCCAAAAUUUCGUCUGCAUUAUAAUGCCCGUACAGUCUGAAACUGAAAUUAUUAAAUUACCCUCCAUAGCUGAUGGUGGCAAUCGUGUCACAACCAUCGAUGUGGGUUCUACGGCCGCUUUGGCUCAACUGGAUGACGAUGAGCUGUUGACUCGUACUGCCACACUUGCAAGUUGAUUAAAAUCGUCUACACGUAGGGGUCAUCGUAAAACUAGCUCAAAUUCCAGUAGUAAAAGUAGAAAUUCACCUUCACCACAACUGAUGUCACCCGUCACAACAUCCGUGGCCGUAGUGGAGGGUUUCAGUUUGGAAAGUACUC